AUGUUCAAAUUCUUUUAUUCAUUCGUUAGCACCCACCAGUAUCUAUCUAUCUAUCUAUCUAUCUAUCUAUCUAUCUAUCUAUCUAUGCGUACAUAUACAUAUCUGUUUCUGUGCGUCUGUUUUAUUAUGAAAAAAGGCGGUCUGAAUGGCUUUUUUUCCCUGACUCUCUUUCUCGUUCUCUUUCUCUCCCCCCCUUUCUCUCUCUAUCUAUUUAUCUGUCUAUCUAUCUAUCUAUCUAUCUGUCUAUCUAUCUAUAUAUAUCUCUCUCUUUCUACAGUGUUUUUUGCUCGCGCGCAACGUUUUUCGCACUUUGUCUUUCUUCCUCUCUCUCUCUCUCUCUCUCUCUCUUUCUCUCUUUCGUCUCCUCUCUUAUCUCUCCUCUCUCCCUUUAUGAGUGUGUAUGUGCGUGCUCGACGCCAUUUAAAAGUUGUAGUGAUUCUGUCUGAUCUAUUUAUCUGUGAAAUAACCUAA